AAAUUUCUACUCAGACUACAACAACCUCAUGGAAAACUUCGCCGCUCAUAAAUCAACCAAGACUAUGAGUUCCAAGAUUCCACAGGGAAAGAUUGAAAACUCUCAAAUGAAGAUGGAAGGGAGACUAGGGUUCUUUGGCUUAAUCAAAGAAUCUCUAAACAUCCAAUUGAAGAAUCCCAAUUUCAUCAUCUUUUCUUUCUUCGCCUCUGUUCCUUUGUUUUGCUCUAUGUGUUUGUAUGAGAUUGUUUUUCAGCAAACUUUGAUUGAAACAGGAAAGAUUAUACAAGAAACCAUUACUCCUCCUUCUAAGAGUCCUUAUGAAGACUUCAAUUAUGAUUAUGCAGAGCUGAUGAAUUUCGAAAGAUGGAUUGGAAAAGUUUCUCAUAAGUUUCUUCUUCUGGUUCUGUUAUACCUUGGGAUCCUAUAUUUCAUAGACUUCUUCAACACGAUUGCUAUAGUGGACGUAGCAUCGAUGAUCUACAAAGACGAAGAGCCCAUGAAUCUUCAUCACAUGUUCAGUAGAUUCAUCAAUGAAACAAGAUUCAAGGGGCCUCUUAUCACAUCCAUCUAUGUUCUUCUGUUAGCUUCUCUUAUUUCAUUUGGACUUGUCCCUUUGGCAGCAUAUGUAUUAAUAUACACUGAAUUAUAUUUUGUUUUCUUCACAAUCAUAUCUUUGGUGAUUUUUGUUGCUUUAUUAGCAAAAUAUAUAGAGUGGAGCGCUGUCUGGAACCUGGGUAUUGUGAUUUCAGUUUUAGAAGAAAGACAAGGUGAUGAGGCCUUAGUUGUUGCAGUAUAUCUAAGCAGAGGUAGAAAGCUAUGUGGAUUUGUUCUAAUGCUGGUAUUAUUUGCCUGGAGACUUGGCCUGAGAUUAUCAUGCCUCUAUGCUGGAUGGAAGACAGGAGGAGGUGAAGUCAUUGGCACAAUAUUACAUAUUGGGCUUGUUUGCUUGGCAAAUGUGUUAAAGUGGGUGAUCUUUGUGGUUUUCUUUUAUGAUUGUAAGAAGCAUAGUUCUGUGAAAAAGGUAGAUGCAGAGGAAGUUAGCUAGAGCAGUUAAGCAGUCACUCUGAUAAGAAAUAUAACCAUAUAUAUAUCUAUAGAAAUGAGCUCAAGUCAAUCUUCGUCUUCAUAUCAA